GGUCAAAAUUCAACAUACCGAAGACUAUCCUGUGGACAUCUAUUACCUGAUGGACCUGUCAGCAUCCAUGAUUGAUGAUCUGGAGAUGAUCAAGGGCCUGGGUUCCUCUCUGUCUAAAGAGAUGGCCAAACUGACCAGUAAAUUUCGCAUGGGCUUCGGCUCUUUUGUGGAGAAACCUGUCCUGCCCUUUAUCAAGAUCACAGAGGAUGAACUCGCCAACCCCUGCAGUAGUGUAGGCUCGACCUGUCUGCCAGCGUUUGGCUAUAAACAUGUCUUGUCUCUGACGAGCAGCACUGACAAGUUCAACGAGAUAAUCGCAAAGCAGCGUGUGUCUGCAAACAUUGACGUGCCAGAGUGUGGCUUCGAUGCCGUCAUGCAGGCGGCCGUUUGUGGGGACAAGAUAGGCUGGAGGAAUGAUUCGAUGCGUCUGCUGGUGUUUGUCAGUGAUGCUGACUCACACUUUGGGAUGGACAGUAAAAUGGCUGGCAUUGUGAUUCCCAACGAUGGACAGUGUCACCUGGACAUCAACAACGAAUACUCUAUGUCCACAGUGCAGGAGUAUCCAACUCUUGGCCAGCUGAUGGAUAAGGUUGUGGAGAACAAUAUUUUACUGAUAUUUGCUGUGACAGAACAGCAGAAACUCAACUAUAAGAACUAUGCAAAUCUUAUACCUGGCGCCACAGUUGGAGUCCUGGCAUCAGAUUCACGGAACAUCUUGGAACUGAUUGUGACAGCGUACAAAGAAUUGCGUUCUGAGAUUGAACUGGAGGUCCUGGGAGACACAGAGGAGCUCCAGAUGUCCUUCACAGCCAUUUGCCCAGAUGGGACAGUCUUCCCUGACCUAAAACGCUGCUCCAACAUCAAACCUGGAGAGACGGUGGUGUUCAAUGUGACUGUGGAGCUCAGGGGAUGCCUGUCUGGAGUUAGGCACUUCUCCCUCAAACCAGUGGGUUUACAGGACAGUUUGGAGGUUGAACUGGAGUCUCUUUGCUCCUGUGAUUGCCAGCAGCUUCCUGAGGCAAACAGCAGCCGCUGCACCGAAGGCCAAGGGGCUUUCCAGUGUGGCGUGUGCGUUUGUCAGCCUGGCUUCUUGGGAGCGGAGUGUGAAUGCAACGAGGAAAGUGCUUUGUUGAGUAAUUGCCUUGCAAACAAUGCGUCCCAGAUAUGCAGUGGUCAGGGGCAAUGCUACUGUGGACAGUGUGUGUGUGAUGCAUCCAGUUUUGGCCGCAUCUAUGGACCUUACUGUGAGUGUGACAACUAUUCCUGUGUCCGCUUCCGUGGAGAGCUGUGUGGAGGCCACGGAGUGUGUGACUGCGGAGACUGUCACUGCCAAAGUGGCUGGACAGGGGAGUAUUGUAACUGCAGUACCAGCACUGAGGCGUGCAUGUCAGAGGAUGGUGCCCUCUGCAGCGGGCGGGGGAAGUGUGAGUGUGGCCAUUGUGUCUGCUCUGUUCCCGGAGCAUCUGGGGACAAGUGUGAGAAGUGCCCAACAUGUGGAGAUGCCUGUAGCUUGGCAAGGACUUGUGUAGAGUGCCACCUCCAAGAAGAGGAUGAUGCAGAGCUGUGUGAUCAAAGAUGCAGCAUCCCUAAAAUCUACAUCAACACAACAGCAGAUUAUGACGACAAGAGGCCUUCAGUGCAGUGCGCGCUGAUGAUGGAGAAUGAGUGCCGGAUCUCAUUUAGCGUGGUAGGAAGUGACACAGGGACCACUGCCUAUGACCUCCAAAUGAAUGGUUGUCCUGAUCCUCCAAACAUCCUCAUGAUUAUUCUGGGGGUGUCCCUCUCCGUUGUGUGUAUCGGCCUGAUUCUGCUGGCUGUGUGGAAGGUGCUGGUGUCGGUUCAUGACCGCAAAGAGGUGGCCAAGUUUGAGGCUGAGAGGUCAAAGGCAAAGUGGCAGUCGGGGACCAACCCUCUGUUCAGAAGCUCAACGUCUACAUUUAAAAAUGUAACUUAUAAAAACAGAGAUAAAGAAAAGAUUAUUACAAUGAAUCACUACUGAUGAUAAACUGGAGACAAUCUGAGUGCACUUAAGUG